CCGGUGCCGGUGCAGCUUUCCUUCGCUUUGCCUGGAGCCGAAACCAUGGCGGAGAUCAUCGAGGAGCACAUCGAGGACCGACUCCCGGAGCUGCUACAGCUGGAGCGGGUCGGGCUCUUCACGCGCAAGGAGAUUAAGGCUGUCAUUAAGAAGGCCUCAGCAUUGGAAUACAAAGUACAGAGGAGAGCUCUUUUUAAGGAAGACUUUAUCAAAUAUAUCCAAUAUGAAAUCAACCUUCUGGAACUGAUCAGGAAAAGAAGAGCGCGCACCAGAUACUUCUUUAAGAAGGAGGAGAUUGAGUUUUCGAUUGUGCACAGAAUACAGAACCUCUUCCGUCGAGCUACAUCCAAGUGGAAGGAAGAUAUCCAGCUCUGGAUGUCUCACAUAGCCUUUUGUAAGAAAUGGAAUAACAGAACCCAAAUUAGUAAAUUAUUCUCUUCCCUGUUGGCCAUUCAUCCAAAUAAACCAGUGGGAUCUGGUUUGCUUUUUACCCCCCUCUCCUGGACAGCACUGUGGAUCAUGGCAGCCAAGUGGGAGAUGGAGGAUUGCCUCUCUUCAGAAAGUGCCAGGCAUCUCUUUCUGCGGGCGUUGAGGUUCCACCCAGAGUCUCCCAAACUUUACCAAGAAUAUUUUAGGAUGGAGCUAAUGAGUGCUGAGAAGCAGAGGAAAGAGAAGCAGGAAUUUGAACAAGCAAAAAUGGAUUUGGAUGCACUCGAUUAUCCAGAGGAGGUCCUGAAUGGCGGCUUGGCACGGAUUGUUUAUAAAGAAGCUGUGAGUAAGAUCAAAGGUGCCGAAUUUCAUCUCUCGUUGCUCUCAAUUGCAAAGUUAUUCACUUUUGCACAAGAUCUUCAGAAAGAGAUUUACGACCACCUGCAGGUUCUGCAUGCCGGGGACCCCCUCACCUGGGACUUUGUGGCACGGCGAGAGCUGGAGCUUGAGUCCCAGCUGCCUGAAGAAGUUGCAUCCAAACAGAGGAAAGCCGCAGAGGUAGCCCGCAGGGAGGAGCGCUGCUGUGCUGUCUACGAGGAGGCCGUGAGCUCUCUGGCUACAGAGGCUAUGUGGAAGUGUUACAUCACCUUCUGCUUGGAGCGAUUUAAUAGAAAAACGAAUAACAAGGAGCUGAGAGAGAAGAGGCAGGAGCGGGCUGUGGAUGUGUUCAAGAGGGCCCAUGAAGCCAUGCUGCUGUCUGAAGACCUGUACCAGCAGUGGCUUGACCUGUUGCUGGGCCUGGGCUUCACGGAGACUGCUCUGGGAGUGGCCCUGGCCAUAACAGACUGCUGCCCAGACUCGGCCGCCAGGUGGCAGCUGCAGCUGCAGCUGCUGAUCCGGUUAGAGAGCAGCAAGGUCGAUGAGCGUUUUGAGGAAGCUGUUCGGCACCUGAAAGCCAAGGAUUGUUUGCCGUUGUGGAGUUUGUGGGCAGAGUGGAGUGAAGGGACCCACAGUGAAGCAGACACCGAAGCCCUCUUCCAGAAAUCUCUCCUUGCUACUGCCCCUGCUGAUUCUGCGGUCAUGAAAGAGAAGUACCUUGAUUGGGCUUAUCGGACCGGUGGCCGCAAGAAGGCAAAAAGAGUCUUUAUCAGUUUACGUGAGAACCGCCCAUUUUCAGUUCAGUUCUUCAGGAGGAUGAUCCAGAUUGAAAAGGAACAGGAAACUUGCAAGAUGUUGAAUUUAAGAGAAUACUAUGAGAGAGCUUUGAGAGAGUUUGGUUCUGUGAAUUCUGACCUGUGGUUAGAUUACAUCAAGGAAGAAUUGAACCACCCUUGUGGCAAACCAGAGAACUGUGGGCAGAUCCAUUGGAGAGCCAUGAAGAUGCUGCAAGGAGGGCUGGUGGAGGAGUUUGUGGCCAAAUACACUUUACUCCAGAUUGGCCAGUUGUAGGAAGAGUCGACAGCUGGACUUGUGAACUCUUUAUAAAUCCCUGCGGUAGAUUGAUGUUGCAAGUAGAUCUACCAUUUGUACAGAGAUGUUUGACCUUGAUUCACAGGAAAUACCGAACUCUGCUGUCCGACUCCUGACUAGGAGGCUUGCUCCUUCUUGGAUUCCCAUUUGGAAUCUUUAAUCUGGAGGAGAGAAUUAGUGAAAGGCUUUUCUGCAUCCAGAACAGAAACAAACCUCUUCUACCCCAUUGACCUUCUCCAGAACUGAUGAAACUGGAACAUCAUUCUUCUUUCCUGAGCUGAGGCAAUAAGUUUUGUCCCCUUGUCUCCUUGGCCCUGUCCCUUCUGGGUUUUAUCUGUUUAUAUUUUGAAAGGCAACAAGAACAUUUCUUUUCUGAAAAGCA